CGGUCGGACCGAAGUUUCUUUUAUUAUUUACAAUACGUAUAUACUUUUUUGUUUCUUUGCCGGGUCUUCUAUCUUCUAUCGCGAUUUUUUCACGUUCGCUAGCAACAAUAACCAUAUUGUUGAAUGUAAACAAUAUUGAAACAAAUUUUCAUUAGAGAGAGUACACCAUGCAGUCAGUAAAGACGGCAGAUUUGCCGGAAAAUCCCCGGGAACGUUCCAAUUUUAUUUCGGCAGCAUGUUUCUGGUACACCAUUCCCACUUUUAUCAAAGGUCGAAAGGACACGUUGGAUACCAAGGAUCUCUACAGGGCCUUGAAAGAGCACAAAUCGGAGACUCUGGGUAACAAAUUGUGUGCCUCUUGGGAGCAGGAACUUGAAAAGACCAAAGGAAAACCAAAUUUGUUAAGAGCACUGCUCCGCGUUUUUGGCUGGUACUUCGCCCUUCUUGGUCUGGUUCUCUUCCUACUGGAACUGGGUCUUCGAACUCUUCAGCCGAUCUUCCUGCUAGAACUCAUCGCCUACUACACCCAUGGAUCGGAAUCCAUUGAAUCGGCCUAUUACUAUGCAGCUGGAGUAAUCCUGUGCAGUGCACUUAACGUCAUAAUAAUGCAUCCUUAUAUGCUGGGCACGAUGCAUGUGGGUCUUAAGAUGCGUGUUGGUAUGUGCAGUAUGAUCUAUCGAAAAGCUCUACGGCUUAGCAAGACAGCACUGGGAGACACAACGGCUGGACACGUGGUCAACCUUAUGUCCAACGAUGUGGGCCGGCUGGAUCUGGCUACCAUUUUUGUGCACUACCUAUGGGUAGGACCGCUAGAGACACUAUUUAUUACAUACCUGAUGUACCGGAAAAUAGGAAUCGCUGCCGUGUAUGGUGUGGCAUUUAUGCUGCUGUUUAUCCCCCUGCAGGGGUAUCUGGGCAAGAAGACAUCGGUCCUGCGUCUCAAAACAGCACUCCGGACUGAUGAGAGAGUGCGAAUGAUGAACGAGAUCAUCUCGGGCAUCCAGGUGAUCAAAAUGUACGCUUGGGAACUGCCAUUUGAAUAUAUGGUGGCUUAUGCCCGCAAGAAGGAGAUCAAUUGCAUUCGGCAUGUGUCAUAUAUUAGAGGUAUUCUGCUCUCCUUUAUCAUUUUCCUGACAAGAGUCUCAAUUUUUCUGAGUUUGGUGGGUUACGUACUACUCGGGAAGUUUCUCACCCCUGAAGUAGCCUUCCUGAUCACCGCCUACUACAACAUCCUGCGAACCACCAUGACCGUAUUCUUUCCCCAGGGCAUCUCCCAAAUGGCGGAGACCCUGGUGUCCAUUAAGCGCGUUCAGAAAUACAUGCAGUCUGAUGAGACGAAUGUGUCGGACAAGAGUGUGGAUCUUCCAGAAGAAUCGGCAGGUAGCAAUCAGGUCACAGUUCAUUACGACGGAGAGGAAGAUCGCGAUGAAGCUGAGGAUAAGCUAUUGGGACCAACAUUUACCACUAUUAAUGAGAACGCCAAGUUGUCAGAGGCGGGAAUCUCUAUAAGCGGACUGAUGGCCAAAUGGGACACAAACUCUCCGGACUACACGCUAAAUGGAGUAAAUCUUAGGGUUCAGCCAGGAACCAUGCUGGGAAUUGUUGGACGCACUGGAUCCGGUAAAUCUAGUCUUAUUCAAGCCAUUCUGGGUGAACUUCCCGCAGAAACUGGUGAGAUAAAGGUCAAUGGCACCAUGUCUUAUGCCUCUCAAGAGCCGUGGCUCUUUUCCGGCACUGUGCGUCAGAAUAUCCUUUUUGGGCAGCCAAUGGAUCGACGGCGGUACGCCAAGGUGGUAAAAAAGUGUGCCCUGGAGCGAGAUUUCGAGUUGCUUCCGUUUAAGGAUAAAACCAUUGUAGGAGAGCGUGGCGCUUCUCUUUCUGGCGGUCAGAAAGCGAGAAUCAGUUUGGCGAGGGCUGUGUACCGAGAGACCUCCAUCUACUUGCUCGAUGAUCCACUAAGUGCCGUAGACACCCAUGUGGCUCGCCACCUCUUUGAACAGUGCAUGCGUGGCUAUCUACGUGAGCGGAUUGUUAUCUUGGCCACGCAUCAGCUGCAGUUCUUGCAGCAAGCCGAUCAGAUUGUGAUAAUGGACAAAGGUUGCGUAAGCGCGGUGGGCACCUACGAGUCGCUACGUGAAUCUGGACUAGACUUUGCCACUAUGCUGGCUGAUCCAGAACGGGAUGACCAUUCUGAGGAGCGAUCGAGAUCCCGAUCGGGCAGCUACAGUCACAGUCAUUCCGACCAGCGCCGCAAUAGUGAGCAAUCUCUGCUAUCCAUUGCGGAAUCGUGCAUGGAUGACGCUGAGGCGGAACAGGCUGUCAACCAGGAGCGCCAGGUGGCGGGACAAAUCGGACUGCGUCUGUACAGCAAAUACUUCAAGGCGGGCGGCGGAUUCUUUGCCUUCUUCGUGAUGAUGGGUUUCUGUGUGCUCUCGCAAGGAUUGGCAUCGUUGGGUGACUACUUCCUCUCUUACUGGGUAACCAAAAAGGGAAAAGUGGCUAGCCGUGCAGAUAAUAAUGACACAGUCCGCUCGGAGGAACUGGAGCCUCGCCUCUCGAUAUGGCUGCAGGAUCUGGGAUGGUCCGUGGACGCCGAAAUGAUGGACACAUAUAUUUUCACGGUGAUAACAGUAUUGACCAUUUUGGUAACCGUGGCGCGUUCGUUUCUAUUCUUCAAUCUGGCUAUGAAGGCCUCAAUUCGUUUGCACAACUCCAUGUUCCGAGGCAUCACACGAGCUGCCAUGUACUUCUUCAACACGAAUCCAUCUGGACGCAUCCUAAACCGUUUCUCGAAGGAUAUGGGCCAAGUAGACGAGAUACUGCCUGCCGUGAUGAUGGACGUCAUUCAGAUCUUCCUUUCUCUGGCUGGCAUUGUCAUAGUCAUAGCUAUUGUUAACCCGCUAUUUCUCAUUCCAACCGUAGUGUUGGGCAUCAUCUUCUAUCAACUGCGUACCUUCUACCUAAAAACUUCGAGAGAUGUGAAGCGUAUGGAGGCAAUUACUCGAUCUCCAGUGUACUCGCAUUUGGCUGCCUCGUUGACCGGCCUGUCCACUAUCCGAGCCUUUGGAGCUCAGCGCGUUCUGGAGGCGGAGUUUGACAACUAUCAGGACAUGCAUAGCUCAGCAUUUUACAUGUUUAUUAGCACUUCCCGAGCAUUUGGUUAUUGGCUGGACUGUUUCUGUGUGGUUUACAUUGCAAUAAUUACACUCAGUUUCUUUAUCUUUCCUCCUGCGAAUGGAGGUGAUGUAGGUCUAGCCAUUACACAGGCCAUGGGAAUGACCGGUAUGGUUCAAUGGGGAAUGCGUCAAUCCGCUGAGCUGGAGAAUACAAUGACAGCCGUGGAGCGGGUGGUUGAGUACGAGGACAUUGAGCCAGAGGGGGAGUUGGAAGCGCCGGUUGACAAGAAGCCACCCAAGACCUGGCCAGAGCAAGGGAAAAUCGUUUUUGACGAGCUGAGCCUGAGAUAUACGCCGGAUCCCAAGUCGGAGAAUGUGCUAAAGUCACUCAGUUUUGUUAUAAAACCAAGGGAAAAAGUGGGCAUCGUGGGACGCACUGGAGCAGGAAAGUCCUCGCUGAUCAAUGCCCUCUUCCGGCUGUCCUACAACGAUGGAUCCGUGAUCAUAGACAAAAGGGACACAAGUGAGAUGGGUCUGCACGACCUGCGUAGCAAAAUCUCUAUCAUACCUCAGGAACCCGUGCUGUUUUCCGGCACAAUGCGAUAUAACUUGGAUCCAUUCGACGAGUACAGUGAUGAAAAGCUUUGGCACUCCCUUGAGGCAGUCAAGCUAAAGGAUGUGGUGGCGGAUCUUCCCAGUGGCUUGCAGAGCAAAAUCACCGAAGGCGGAACCAACUUCAGCGUGGGCCAGCGCCAGUUGGUCUGCCUGGCAAGGGCCAUCCUGCGUGAGAAUCGCAUUCUGGUGAUGGACGAGGCCACAGCCAAUGUGGAUCCCCAGACGGAUGGGCUCAUCCAAACCACCAUUCGCAACAAGUUCAAGGAGUGCACUGUUCUGACGAUAGCCCAUCGAUUGCACACCAUCAUGGACUCCGACAAGGUGUUGGUCAUGGAUGCUGGAAGAGCGGUGGAGUUUGGAACACCCUACGAACUGCUUACGCUAGCAGAAUCGAAGGUGUUCCACGGCAUGGUAAAGCAGACUGGUCAUGCCACCUACGAGAGUCUGCUGAAAAUCGCACAAAAGGCAUUUGAAACCGCCCAGAGCCACAGUCUUUCCUCAUGAAACUCAACUAUUAUGUGAACUAUGUUCUUUGAAAAUGAGCCGUGGUGCUUGUCACCAAAUCUUUAGCUGGUUAAGACUAGUUAAUAUUAGUUAUUAAUAAUUUUGAAUGUGUGUUUUUAGUGUGAAUGUAAAUAUGUUUGUAAGUGUGUAUGUUAAAUACCUUAUGAUUGUAAACUGUGGCGUAAUUUACUAUUUGUAUUUAUUUAACUUUCACUGAGUGCAAAGAAGUGCCUUUAAUCAAAAUAAAAUACUUUCUUUGUUUA